AUGCGUGAUGGUGUUAUAGCCUUUGGCUGGCUUAUGUAUGGGAACUGUCUCAAUAAUUAUAGCUUCAUUGUCUGGAUCCCGUCCCUUUUCCUGAACAAUCUGCUUGUGAUGACAUCUGGAUGCAGCUCAGGAGAUGGUAGAUGGUCUCUCAAGGGAAUGACUGCUCUUGUAACUGGUGGAACUAAAGGAAUUGGGCAUAAAAUUGUGGAGGAAUUGGCUGGAUUAGGAGCAACCAUACACACAUGUUCUCGAAAAGAAACCGAGCUCAAUGAAUGCCUGAAGGAUUGGAAGGCUAAAGGUUUUGGAGUCACUGGUUCAGUCCUUGAUGUCUCCUGUCGAGCCCAAAGGGAGAAGCUAAUGGAGACCGUCUCUUCUGUGUUCAAUGGGAAGAUGAAUAUCCUCAUCAACAACGCUGCUAUUAUUAUUCAGAAACCAACAGUAGAGGUCACAGCAGAAGAGUUCUCAGCGACCAUGGCCAUAAACUUUGAAUCUGCUUACCAUCUGUCCCAACUCGCACACCCCCUUUUAAAGGCAUUAGGAGCGGGAAGCAUCAUCUUGAGUUGA